UCUCUUAGCGCUGGAUGUGACAACUCUGGACGGUGCAGCUGCAAGCCGGGUGUGACAGGAGACAGGUGUGACCGAUGUCUGCCAGGCUUCCACAUGCUCACUGACGCCGGGUGCACCCGAGACCAAAGGCUACUAGACUCCACGUGUGACUGUGACCCAGCUGGUAUCUUGGGGCCCUGUGAUGAGGGCCGCUGUGUCUGCAAGCCAGCUGUCACCGGAGAGCGCUGUGACAGGUGUCGACCAGGUUUUUAUCACCUGGAUGGGGGAAACCCCGAGGGCUGUACCCAGUGUUUUUGCUAUGGGCAUUCAGCCAACUGCCACAGCUCUGGAGACUACGGUGUCCAUAAAAUCACCUCUACUUUCUAUCAAGAUGUUGAUGGCUGGAAGGCUAUCCAAAGAAAUGGGUCUCCUGCAAAGCUCCAGUGGUCCCAGCAUCAUCGGGACGUGUUCAGCUCAGCACGACGAUCAGACCCCAUCUAUUUUGUCGCUCCUGCCAAAUUUCUUGGGAAUCAACAGGUGAGCUAUGGGCAAACCCUGUCUUUUGACUACCGUGUGGACAGGGGAGGCAGACACCCGUCCGCCCACGAUGUGAUCCUGGAAGGCGCUGGUCUACGGGUCACAGCUCCCUUGAUGCCUCUGGGCAAGACGCUUCCUUGUGGGAUCACCAAGACUUACACGUUCAGAUUAAAUGAACGUCCAAGCAGUAAUUGGAGCCCCCAGCUCAGUUACUUCGAGUAUCGGAGGUUACUGCGUAACCUCACAGCCCUGCGGAUCCGAGCUACUUAUGGAGAAUACAGUAAGUGACGAAGGGAAAUGAAUUUCUCUCUUAGGUUUGAGUUUGUC